UACGAAACCAGAGGGCAGCACAGGAUGCGAUCUCACGAUCCCUUCCGUGAGCAAUCUCCCAACUCAUCUCUGAUAUUCAUUAACGAUUAACAUUUAUUCAGUAUGGAAAUCACAUGGUCACGAGGACCUGUAAUUGUUGACAUGUAAGUGAAUUGUCAAACGGAGAUUUUGAGGUUAUAAUAAUUCGUGACGUUUACUGAAAAAGGCAAGAAUGGAAAACGAUCGUAAUUGUUACGUUAAACUGUUCAGCACAAUCACAUCCUCCGCAUUGAAUCAAUUUUUGCAUGCAUGUAUCGACGAAAUUUGCGAUUAUUCACGAGUGGCUUAUGAGGACUUCAGUACUACUAUAAAUUGGAGUAGAGAAGAGUACGAUACCGCGUACGCUCUUAUCUCCACACUCUUACAAAAUCCAGUAUUGUUAUAUUUGUCAGAAGAAAAGGCUUCUCUGGAGUAUCUUGAGUUGCCAGAAGAAGUCAGGAGCUGCGUCGUUAACUGCUUGAAACUGCGUCAAGAACAAUUAACUAAUGUGUUAAUAAGGAAAGCGUCCAAAAAAAUCCUACCAACCUUAACGGACUUUGACUGGCGGUUAAGGUUGUUAAUGGGCUCCAGUAAGCUAGCAACAUUGAGAGAACCAGUUUUACAGUUAGAUCUCAUAGUGGAAGACCGUAAAGAACGUAACAUAGUAGGGAUGGAAUUAAACAAGGAAGAACUAGAGACCGUAAUAAAUGCACUAGAAAGCAUUAAGCCAUGAUAUCCUGUAGCUCUCUAAACUUGUACGAAGGAAAUAAAAUGAAAUUAAGAAAGGUAAAA